UAGCGGCCAUCGCGAUAUGCGCGUUGUAAAUCCUUCUAGUUUCUGUCAUUGAUUCGUUAAAGCUGUGGAUUCAUCAAGUUUUUCUAAAGAAAAUGUUGACUGCGCUGGGUCACAUCCAGCUGCUGCGCUUUGUCGGCCCAGCUGUUGUUGUUUUUGGUGUUGCACCGUAUUACUUAAUAACUUGGCUUGCAUGGCGACUCGCUUCACUGCCUCUGUCUAGGCGCGUCUUCGAACGAGGAGAUGAGAUUAUGUACGACUCGUAUCAAUCGCUCAUCUGCUUCUUCUUUGAGACCUUAACGGGAGCUGAGGUUAUCCUUUAUGGUGAUCAAAUUCCAUGGAAUAAACAGGAAAAUGUGAUUGUGAUAUGUAACCAUCAAAGUUCAGUGGACUGGAUAAUCACUGAUUUCCUUGCUGUCAGGCAAGGUUCUUUGGGACGACUUCGCUACAUUCUGAAGAACGGGUUGAAAUAUUUCCCUUUAUAUGGCUUCUACUUUGCUCAGCAUUCAUGUAUAUAUGUUAAACGCAGUGGGGCAAAAGACCAAGAUUACAUUGGCCAGCUUCGAGGUUCUGUCUUCUGACUAUUUGGAUGCUGUUUAUGACUUCACUAUCACCUAUAGCAUGGCAAACGAGAAUCAUUUUCCUCGCAGACCAGCUCCAACUAUGUCUGAUUUCCUUAUUUCAAAAGGACAACAAGUCCAUGUAUACUGCCGAAGGCAUGAAGCUAGAGAUCUUCCCAAGGAUAGUGAAGGAAGAAAAUCCUGGAUCCACCAAACCUUUGCAGAGAAAGACAGAAUUUUGAAUAAAUUUUACCAAGAAGAUGGAAAAAUGCCUGGGGUUCCACGGAGGAGGAGGUUACCAUGGACAAGAACUUUCCCAUAUUUUGUGUUUUGGAUGGCAACACUUUUGCCAUUUGUAAUGACAAAAUGGGGGCGAUCAGCUUACUGGAAGAUGUGGCUUGUCACAAGCUUUGGAUCAGUAUCUUAUAUGAUGUUCUUGUUUGGGAAAGUUCAGCGGUGAAAUAUGAAGACAACACAUGUUUGCACAUUGAGAAAACCUGAUACAAGUGUCCAGGUUUCAUCAGCCAUAUAGCAAGUGCUAGUCUCCGAAAUCUGUUUUUACAGGGUUCAUACAGUCCUGGGAAAACCUGGAAAUUCUUGGACUUCUGUGAAAGAGUUUUCAAAGACCUGAAAGUCUUCUAAAAAGAUUAUCAGUCCUGGAAAGACCUAAAAUGUAGAAUUUGGUAUUAAAUCAAGAUGGUUGAUAUUUAA